AUGAGCGGACUACCACAGGAGGGUGGCAAUCCAUACGAAGAAUCCGAGAGAGACGACGACUCAUGCAGCAGCGCCAGCAGAAGCCGGAUAUACAGCGAGAGCGAAAGGGAUUCGGAAGGUGCGGAUGAAAGUGGGAGCGAGAAAGAGGAGAGAAAUCACUUUAGUGGUAGCGAGAGCUCGAGUGAAGAGGAGAGCGAUUCUGAGGACAGUAUUGCUAUAUCAGGAUCCGACACAGACGAAAAGACACCGUCAAAGCUUAAUAGUACUGCCCACAAUUAUCUCAAGCACAUCACAAUAUCCCAAGACCAUAGCGAGGGAAGUGGGUUUGAGAAUAGGAAUCUGCUUGUUUUGAAAGAAGGCGGUCCAGGACCAGUAGGGAGCCACAACUCUUCCCAAACACCCCCAGAAAAGGAAGCCGUUGACGGGAAACCAAAAUCGAGAGUUGCACAAAGAAGAGAUAAAAAAGCGAAAGGGCAGGCAAUGGAUAAUUCUGAGCAGCCACCCGGAAGAUUUCAGCAACAUCCACCUCCAUCAGACUUUCGUGGCCCGCCGCCUUCAAACAAUAUAUACCACAAUGGCAUGAUACCGCUACCACCACCACCACCACCUCCGCCUCAAUCCCAUGAAUUCAAUCCACCCACUAGAAAUAGGUCACCCUCCAAGCGGAGAAAUCACAGACUUAGAGAAAAAUCUGCUCGGCACACACUAAACCCGCCAGCUUAUCCGUCAGCUUUACCCCCUGCAAUUUCUCUUUCCGCGGGUCCUGCUUUUCCUUCGCUUCCUUCGGCAGCUUAUACGGCUCAAAGUUUCGUCAAUCACUCCCCACAGAUUCCCAGUGCCAUAUAUGAGGCAUUCUUGGACCAGACCAGAAACCCGAGUUCAAGUGCGAAGGUAACCUCCGCAAUUCCCGGAGAAUCAGUGACCAACCUAGAAAGCCUUCAAGAUUACAUCGCUGGCUUGCAACUAAAGGCCAAAGCCCUAGAGGAGUUAGAAAGAUCGAGGGAGCCCUCGAGCUAUCAAGUUUUAUAUAGAUUACUCUUUCGUGUCCCAGAAGGCCAAGAUCCCAAUUCACCUCCUCCACCUCCACCUCCACAAACCUUUUUCGAUCCCCCUCAGUGGGCCCCUACACAAACCAAGGAUGGCGGUCCAAAGGCAUCAAAGCAACUCAGGAGCAGCGAUUAA